AUGUCCUCGUUGGCAAUGGAGCUUCUUGUUCAAUUCUCUUCGGGAGACUUCGCCUUCUCGGGAGAGCUUCAAGCUUUCUGGAUGGCUGUUCAAGGUGCCAUGAUGGUCCGCCUAGGGCCAAAUAAAGAUCGCUCCCUUAACUGGUUCCAUGCCUUUUCCUUGUCGGUAAUCGGAGGCUUUGGUGGGGGGUGGCUUGGCUUUAUCUGGAUGGGAAGGCCAUCGUCCAUGCUGUCGAACGAUUUGAACAUGGCGUCCUGCAUUGUAGCGUUCAUUUUGGUCAACUACACGCCGAUGGAUAUAGGCUUCAAAUGCUGUAACAACAUUAUGGGGAAGAUUGCUACGGUGGUUUUCGCUCAAUUGUUUCGGUCUUUAGGAGUGGCCAAAUUUGUCAUGGUUUGUUUCGAAACUUUCAAAGACAGUCCAUCGGCAUAUUAUCCGAUUCCAGUAUUUGGGCCUAUUUUGUACGCUACGUUACUCGGAAAUAUGGGUGGUUUUGUGCUGAAGGGCUUCAACGGACACUUCGCCAACGGAAUGCCUUGGCCGGUCCAAAAUGGCCUUUUUUGUGCAACAUUUUAUCAUUUUUACGUAAACGACCAGACCGGACCAAUCGGCAUCUUUCUGCGCAAGUCAUUGAGAAUGGCUCACUUUCUCGGCUUUAAGGACAACCAGACGUUUGCUCUAGUUGUAGUGACAAUGUUCAUGCAAGUUAUGGGAAUCUUACAAAUGCCAACCUUUCUCGGUCCUUCAUUUACACCUUUUGGUUCCGCCAUUCUCAGCCCGUUCCGUGACUCCUCCACCUGGAAAACCGGAGAAAAAGAUACGGCAUACAGCACCGCGCAGGCCGAAAAGAAGAAGAGACGGCGUGGUAAAGGAACUGUCAAGACAACAAGUGCAAGGAUUCAUAACAGUAAAGACAAACAAUCUUAG